CUGGAACCCUUCAAAGAUUACACAGAUCUAAUCAGUCUCUCUCCAGUCACUCCCAGUGUACUACAGUGGGUCAAGGAUUGCUGUUCACCCGCAAGUAAUUCUCACUGAGGUGCGGGUGCUGGAUCUGUUGGAGAGGUGGGAGGAAGAUGCCUGUGGGCCUAAUUGCUGGCGGAGUGGAGGGAAAUGGAGUGCUGUAAUGCUUUUACUAUGUCCCACAUUGGUGCAAGUGACUUAUCUCCUUUCUCCAUGAUCACCCCUGCUUCAUCUAUAGACCAAACUGUACCAUAGUGCAUAGUGAGCUUCUGACUGUAAUGAACGCUAUGGAGAACAGCAGCAGUGCUUCAGAGGAAAUAAGCCUAGACCUGCUGGACCAGCAUGAACAUCAUCCUGAUUAUCUUCAUGGAAUCACAGUGGAUGAGCAGACUAGAGAUCGAACUAAGGAGGAUUCCUUGUACAACGGCAAGAAGGGGCUCAUUGAGGAUAGGGACCCCAGGGGAGUCAACAAGUGCCUUAAGGUGAACUUUGAGGAUGUAAUAGCAGAGCCUGCUUCAGUGCGCAGCUUGGAUAAGGUGUGGCUGUGGAGUCAUGCUCUGUUUGAGGUGUCCAGGCUGUGGAUCUACCGGCUCAUCUCUCUGCUGCUGGCGGUCCCUGUGGCUCUGCUGUUAGGAAUGCUGUUUGCCUUGCUUAGCUGUCUGCACAUCUGGCUGAUAAUGCCCAGUGUGCAGCUGCUGCUGAUAAACAUGCACUGGGUGAAGGUUGUAUGGGCCAGUGUGCUGGACCUCACCAUCUCCCCCUUCUUCAGCAGUCUGGGAAGAUGCUGCGGGGCCAUAAAUAUCCGCUGGGCCAAGGACUAACUCUGGUAGUUACAAGAACUUAUACAAAUCCUCAGUAAUAGCACAAACUCUUUUAAUAAUUCACACUGUUUCUGUAAUAUCUCCACUGCUGCAGGGCACUGUAAUAGCACACAAGCAACAUAUUCAAAUAUAUUUUACAGUGGAAACAGACAUUGUGGGGUAAUUUGGCUUGUAGUCAGUAUGUUAGAUUUAUUUGUUUGACAGCCAAAAAUAUUCUAGAACCCAUGCCAUAUGUAGCAUGGUGAUGUGCUUUAUGUAAUAGGAAAUUAACAAAACAGAGUUUAAGAACCUGUACAUUUUUAUAUAGCUGUAAUUAUAAGUGCUAUAAAAUCAGCCAGGUUAGCUCAUGUUGUUCAAGCUAGUUAUGCUGUUUUUCUGUUUAUUUAAAUGUGAUUGUUUAUGUAGUCUAUACGCAUGAUCAAACUGACUGAGCUAAACAACCAGUAUGACCUGCAUUACCAAGCUGGUUGACCAGCAUAACCAACAUUACCAAACUGCUUGACCAGAUGACCAGCACCACCUUGCUGAUCAAUCUGCAUUACCAGCUGGAACCAGUUGGAACCAAAAUGACCAGCAUGACAAUGUUUAUUGACCAAAAUGACCAAUGUCACCAAGCUGGAACCAAUUGGAACCAAAAUGACCAGCAUGACAAUGGUUGUUGACCAAAAUGACCAAUGUCACCAAGCUGGAACCAUUUGGAACCAAAAUGACCAGCAUGACAAUGGUUGUUGACCAAAAUGACCAAUGUCACCAAGCUGGAACCAUUUGGAACCAGAAUGACCAGCAUGACAAUGGUUGUUGACCAAAAUGUCCAAUGUCACCAAGCAGGGUGACCACCAUGACCAGUGUGACUAUGCUGGAUGAACUGUAUGACCACCAUCAGAACGUUGGCUGACCAGAAUAAACAGACAUUACCUGAAACAAUAAAACAUACACUGUGUUCUAAAUCAACAUUCAGCAUAGGAUAAUGUUUGGAUGACCAGCUUGACUAUAAAAGACUAGUUUAUACCAUCUAAAACCUGCAAAAAAACCCCAGCUAAAAACAGCAAAAUUGACAUUUUUUACACUCUUUAAAAAGCUUGUAAAUGAGAUAUGAGUGCAAAGAACCUCCACAUUAAGGGGGCAUAUUAUAGCAGUUAAAGUUAAAAAAGGUCUUUGGGCUAUACAAAACAUGUUCAUGAAGUUCUUUACACAAAAAGACUCUCGCAUUAAGAGAUCUCACCAGCUCUAUUUUUUCAGUCCAUUUUAGAAUAAACCGUUUAAGGUCUUUGUCACAUUUAAGCAAAUGGGCAAAGGGUUUACUACAUGCUAGUGUUAGCUUGUGCUGAAUGCCAAAAAAUAAAUAGAAAGCAAAAUAGAAGAACAAAACUCAUUAUUUGAAAUUACGUACAUGUACAUCUCCCUUAUCUGCUGACUUGCCCCAGACAGUGGGUACAGAUCCCUCCCUCAGGUGAUGCCUGGUGCUUGCAAAACCAGCAGACUGAAAUGGUGGAUCUUCUUCAACUGAUCUAGUGGGUGGGGCUCUGAUGAGGGUUGAUAAGUGAGGGGUGGUGCCACUGUGGUUCUUUGCAGGUUUUUGGCUCACAGAGAAAGGAUGGAUGUUUUUUUGUGCAUGUAGUGUUUAGAUGAGCAGUAGAGACCCAAGUGGAAAUACAAAAGCACACAAAAAAAUAAGUUUUGCAUAAUAUGUGCCUAUUCAAUUUUCAAACAAUGCAUGCUUGCUUAUUCCCAACCCAAUAAAUCCAAACCUGUAAACAUGUAGAACGCUGUAUUUGUGUGUUACUGAGUGUAUUAAUAUAUCUACUCAAUCUACCUGUUUAAAUAAAAGUGUUAUCAUAAUGUGUUUGCUAAGACUUAUCAUCAAAUUUACUUUAUGUUUGUGUGUUAAGCAAAACAAUUACAGCUAAAGAAAUAACACUGAAUAAAACAUCUCAAUAAAUACCUUAAGGACAUGAAAAUUUGAUUUCCCUGCCGUGUCUUUCAGCACUUGAUGAAAUGAAAGACAUUGCAUUGAAUAUUAAUAUUAUAAUUUUUUCUCCAAUGGAAAAUCGGGCUGGUGACAAAAUGGCUUUGCAGUUACUGAGCGAAUCAAAACCCCUAACAGAUUAUUUAUAACUGCGUGUUUCCCAGCUUGUAAUUCAAUUUUCAUAAUUAGGCACAUAAAUCUUAAAAUUCAUUUCUGUGUGAAGACUCUGCACAUGAAUCAAAGGGUGCUGAAGGAUGUCAGAAGGAUUUACAGACGAGAGAAUAAAAUGGAAACAUCUAUAUACUGUAUAUCAGUGUACCUCUCCAUGUAUUCAUCUACUCACUUGAUUUGACCAGAAUCUUACGUAGAAUCUUCAGUUCAAGAGAAAGUUUAAAAGUUCCAUAGAACAAAUUUAAAACUCAUUAACAUGUAUAUGGAUCAUUAUAACAUUAAAGUGUGGCUAUUGCCUAAUGAUAAUAAAAAUCAGUGAGCUGUGGGAUCUCCUGCUUUGUCUUUUAAAUCCAGGCUGUACAAAAUACAUUGGUUUCUGUGUUUUAUUUCCUGUCUAUCUCAAUCUAAACUGGAGGUUUUUGGGGUGCAAAAUAAGACAGAGCAUUUUAUAAAAAGACCUUUUAUAAAAGCUAUAGUUCUAGCUGUUUAAUAAUAAUAUAAAUGCUGAAAUCUUUUUUUUUUUUU